GCCCGGCGCUGGCACAGCGUCUCGGACGCGGACGGCUGGCGUGAGGACCGAGCCAUGGCGCGUCCUCCAAACCCGCGAACACUGCCGCCCGCGUUCCUGCUCCUGCUGCUGGUAUCUCUGCGACUCCGAGCCGACCCCCUUCCUACUGAGGGCCGGCUGAUGAACAACUGUAUCCAGGCCAGGAGGAAGUGCCAGGUUGAUCCUAUUUGCAGUGCUGCCUACCACCACCUGAAUUCCUGCACCUCUAGUGUAAGCACCCCAUCACCCGCACAGGAGCUUUUGGUCCCUGAGGGGUGCAGGGAGGCAGCACAGCACCUGAGGAAUAGCUCUCUGAUGAGCUGCACAUGCCACCGCCGCAUGAAGAACCAAGUUGCCUGCCUGGACAUCUACUGGACCGUUCACCUUGCCCGCAGCCUUGGUGACUUUGAACUGGAUGUUUCCCCCUAUGAAGACGCAGUGACCAGAAAACCCUGGAAAAUGAAUCUCAGCAAACUGAACAUGCUCAAACCAGACUCAGACCUCUGCCUCAAAUUCGCCAUGCUGUGCACUCUUAAUGACAAGUGUGACCGGCUGCGCAAGGCCUAUGGGGAGGCGUGCUCGGGGUCCCACUGCCAACGCCCCACCUGCCUCCGGCAGCUCCGCGCCUUCUUUGAGAAGGCGUCGGAGCCCCACUCUCAGGGCCUGCUGCUGUGCCCGUGCGCACCGGCCGACCAGGGCUGCGGGCAACGCAGGCGCAACACCAUCGCUCCCAGCUGCGCGCUGCCGUCCGGGGCCCCCAACUGCUUGGAGCUGCGGCGCGUCUGCAUCUCUGACCCGCUGUGCAGAUCUCGCCUGGUGGAUUUUCAAACCCACUGCCAUCCUCUGGACAUCUUAGGGACCUGUGCAACAGAACAUUCCAGAUGUCUGCGAGCAUACAUGGGGCUGAUUGGGACUGCCAUGACUCCCAACUUUGUCAACAAUGUCAACACCAGUGUUGCCUUAAGUUGCACUUGCCGAGGCAGUGGCAACCUGCAGGAUGAGUGCGAGCAACUGGAAGAGUCCUUCUCCCACAACCCCUGCCUCAUGGAGGCCAUUGCAGCUAAGAUGCGUUUUCACAGCCAACUCUUCUCUCAGGACUGGGAAGACUCCACCUUUCCAGUGAUGGAACGCCAGAACAAAAACCCUGCUCUGAGACCACAGCCCUGGGUGUCCUCUCUUUUCUUCUGUACGCUUCCCUUGAUUCUGUUCCUGAGCCUCUGGUAACUGGACUUCCUCUGGGCCCCUUUGCUCUCUACCACACCCAGCCUGACCUGCAGCCUGCAAGGGCUAAGGAAAGAGCAGCAUCAGGAAGGAGGUGCAGUAAACAACAUGGCGACCCUGAUUGCACACUCAUAUCCAGCUGACUCCAGAUGGGGUCAUAGUAGAUGGUGGAGACCAUAUCUUCUGGUGGAGACCACCUCUACAAAGCUCUCUCCUAAUCCCUUCCUUCUGCCCACCAGAAUCACCCAGGCUCUAGCCAAUCAGUCAUUCUCUAUUGCAUUCUCCAGGUAGGCAGGGCUGGAUGUUCUGAUGGGAACCUAGAAAGACAUUCCCCAUGGUGAGGAAGGCUGGGGCAAGACUCCUACCCCUUUGUCAGCAGGAGAUGAGAACCUGCUGCCUACCCUUCCCGGGGAUCCUGCAGAGCAUUUGAGCAUUAGGAGCCAGAGCAUUUGAGUCUGGCUUUCUUCCUGCUCCUAUCCCCAAAUACUCCCAGCCACUUGCAUCAUGAUUAAAUAUUUGACUUAAAGACUUUGCUCUUUUCCUACUUUCUCACAUUGUGAAUUUAUACAGAAUUAAGGGUGUUGCGGACACAAGAGUAGAGGCCAAGUGAGACAGCAACCCUGCCACCAGAAGCUGUGUGACUUCCGGCAAUUCUCUCAACCUCUCUGUGUACUUGACAUGGAGUUGGAAGAACAGACAGCUUAGGGGAAGCUGUUGACUUUGUAUCUGUCCCAGAUCCAGCCAUUUCUAGAAUACUGUCUGGGAUUUGCCACAGCAGCUAAGAGGGGAGUGUCCUUAGCCUACCAAAGCAUUUAUGGAGCACGUAUUUUGUUUGCUCCAGACCAUAAUGGGGGCCAGAGGAAAGGAGAGACUGGCCCUUGAUCUCAUUUGCAAUCCUGUUGGGAUAAGGAAACAAAGUAGUUGGGAAAAUAUAUUUAUAGAGCUGAGGAUGUUUGCCUAUUAAUUCAUUCACUCAUUUUUUUCCAUAAGCAUCUCAUGAGGGCUGGCUCUCAGGCACUGUGCUGGAUGUAGGAGAUUCUGAAGUAAUAAUUCAGAUCCUGUUUUCAAGUCUUUUACAUACCAGAGCAGGGGUGUAGACAAGACAAGAAGAAGGAGGUAGUAUGAUGAGUUAUUAUAAUAAUAACCCUCACUUAUCGAGCCCCUACUACAUGUAUUAAUUCAUUUGGUCCUCCAACAACAUUUGACUUUGUCAGUCACUAGCUAUAUGACCUCAUGCUCAACCUUUCUAGACCUCAUUAUCUACAUCUGUAACACAAAAAAGCAUAAAACCCAGUUCAUAAGGAAUGAGAUAAUCCAUGUGAAAGUAUUGGGACUGACACAUAGUAAGAACUGAAAAAAGGUAGCAAUUAUAGUAAGUGGUUUUUGUAGAUUUGGACGAUACAGACAAUUAUAAAGAAGAAAGUAAAAUCUUUAAAAUCCCACACACAAACUGCCGAAUGCUCUCUGCAUAUCUGUGCACAUGACAAUCGGUGGGUAUGUAUAAUUUUAUGUAAAUGGGGUAUCCUUGUGUGAGGCACAGAUACCUUUCAGCAUGCCUAAGUGGAGCUUGAACUGCAUCACCCUUUUUAUCAGCUGCGGAACACAGACUUGUGUGGAUGCGUAUUCCUUCACAUGUGGUUUAUUUAACCAGAUGGAUAUUUGACUGUCUUCCCAUUUUUCUCCCAACCAAGUUUUAAGGUGGUGAGGAGGUGACUGGGUGUGGGAUGUGUGUAGUUGUUGUCAGAAUGGUGGGUGAAAUAGGGAAGCCUCUCCUUAAAUGUUCUUGUAUAUCCCCCCCCCAUAGCCCACCCUGCCCGCAGGAAAUGCUUGGCCAGCAUGCAUCCCUGCAAACUUCAGUGAGGGCGCUGGGUAGACCUUCCCCUUCUUCCCCUCCCAGGAAGAUCUCUGAGCUGGCAAAGCCUCUCCAUUUGCUUUGGCUCCAUUAGCCUGGGGCUGGGGGUGUGAAUGGUACAGUCAUUCCUUGCUAAGUGCUUGAAUUAGACUAAUAGGUCAUCUGUGCUUUUCUCUGAAAAAGGUCCAAAUUUCUGGUAAACAACCAGACCACUCCCCGAGCCCAGGGCCCAGAGCCAAGACCUGGGGUGGGGGCACAGUGGCUGGACAAAAGCUUUUAAUGGUAUGCUGGCUGAGUGGAAUGGUGAAUGCCAUUAGAUUCGCUCCUGGGUAACAAGGAGGGAAGGGCCAAGGGCUGCAGUGGUAAAUAGUGAGUGCUGAAUUACAGGCUUCUCCACAGUCUGGGGGUAGAGCAGACUUGUCUUUGAAACGACUAUCUUCAUACUCACCUAUUCAUUCAUUCAUUCAUUCAUUCAUUCAUUCAACAAACCUUUAGCAAGCCCUUGCUCUGUACCAGGUUAUGAGUAUUUUUCAAGACCUUUCUCUGACCAUUGAUGGGCUAUCACUGUGGUGAAGGGGCAGCCCAGGACUCUAGCAGCUGGACCUCAAUUGUUUAUAUCAAUUUUAAUGGUUUUGGUUGGCAAGUUUUUGGCUUUCUAUUUCUAGAAAAGCUUAUAAGCAUGAGAAAUUUAUGCUCGUUUUGUUCUCUAUGUAUAUUUAAGUUAGAUAAUAGUAAAAAUACUUAAAACCAA